CCCCAUUCUGCCAAAAUUACCAAAGCCCGUAAGAAUAACCUGCGAAAAUCAUUCCAGGUAUGUUUCCAAACAUGAAUCAAAUUCUAAGUCGGUUAACUAAAAAAAAGAAUUUAGUAUUGGACUUCAAUUCUAUCGCACUAAUUGGAUCCCAAAUCUUCGGCUUAACAUCUAUAAAUAUCAGUCGAUAUUUCUUUUUCCGCAUAUGCGAAACAGUGAUUGCACGGCGACUUUCUUCUUCCCCGUCUAAGAGCUUGGCUAGAACUCAACAGCACAAAAUGGUGUUUUUAAAGGAUAUAAAGCAUGAAGGUCAGAAACUUCUCUCCAUAUCAACGGGCAAUACUAAUGGCCAUGAGAUUCAUCUGGAGAUUUGCAAAUCCUUUGCUCGUGGUAUUUGCCCUGCGAUUGUUGUGUCAUACCGCGUUGCUAACUGGACUCCCGAGUGCGAGUAUCAAGAUCAAACUCUGCGAACUUU